AUGUACGGGAAACGCCUGUGGAUCUACAACUCGGCGGACCCGGAGCGGCCAUCCAACUCCGCCGGAGUAGCCUUCGUACUAAAUAGAGACGUCGUAAGCACGAAGGACUGUAAAAUAAUAACGAUCGAACAAGGACGUGCCGUAGCCAUAACACUAUCUUGGCAUGACCGCGACACGGUCACACUCCUAAACGUAUACGCCCCAAACGAACCAGGGCGCCACGCAACCUUCUGGAGACGCAUAGAGCAAAUGAGAAAGGACAACAGAAUCCCCCAGGUAGACUUCAUGCUAGGGGACUUCAACAUGGUGGAGGACGAGAUAGAUAGGGCCCCGCCCAGGGCGGAACUUGACAGUGCAGUAACAGCCCUCCGGGACUGCAGACGAACGCUGAGAGUACACGACGUAUGGCGCGCGGAGAAUCCCGCAACGAGGAACUACACGUUCAUCAGUAAAGCGACGGGUUCCAUGUCGAGACUGGACAGGAUAUACGUAGCAGAAAGGCGGAGCACAAGUGUAUUUGAAUGGGUGUGCCAAACCCCCGAUGUAGUAACCGACCACAGGAUAGUGUGGAUGAAAUACGCCCCGACAACAAUGCCCUAUAUGGGGCCCGGAAGAUGGACGUGGCCGGCCGGACUCACAAACGAAACACAUUCCAUAUCCUCGGUAGAGAAGAUAGGAAUGCGCCUCCAGGAAAACCUGGACAGGAUGCGCAUCGAAGGGCGCACGGCAGAACGGAACCCACAGACGCUCUGGCAAGAAUUCAAGGACAGAGCCGCCGAGAUGGCAAGCCUC